GCAGGUCCUUGCCCGUGGAAGCGGGAGGAGGGCCCUGUGUGAAAACACACGCACCCACCGCAUGAGUCAUUUCCACCUUGUUGCCUGUGAAAAGGGGAAGGGGGGGGGGGCGCCUUUUGAGGCCGAACCGAAGACACCCAGAGGCCCUCCGGCAGCCGGGGGAGCUCAGGGACGCUUUCCACAGGAUUCCCCCCCUGCUGUCACCGGCAACAGGCCGCCGCGGCCCGGCACGGCGACUGCCCGGCCUCUGUCUGCCCGGCCCCGCCCUCGCUGCCGCUCCCGGAGCCGGUAACCAGGAAGCGGCCGCAGGAAGCGGAGCUUCGGGCAGGGAGCAUGGCCGCUGGCGGCCCCGCGUGUAAAAACCAUUGCCAUGGGCCUCAUCGACCUCAUGCGCACAACUGUCAUAGCACCCACAGGGAUAAAGAUCUACCAGUGCUACAGGGACCAUAUCCUGUUGUUGAAGACCCCAGCACCUGUGAUAUCGUCAAGGCUACACAGUAUGGAUUUGUAGAGCGAUGCAAAGAACUGGUAGAAGCAGGAUACGAUGUUCGACAACCGGACAAAGAAAAUGUGACUCUUCUUCACUGGGCAGCUAUAAACAACAGACAGGAGCUGGUGAAAUACUAUAUCUCCAAAGGUGCAGUAGUGGAUCAGCUAGGCGGAGAUUUGAAUUCAACUCCCCUUCACUGGGCCAUCAGACAAGGGCACCUCCCUAUGGUCAUGUUGUUGUUGAAAUGUGGAGCCGAUCCCAGUCUUAUUGAUGGGGAAGGAUACAGCAGCAUUCAUUUAGCAGUGCUGUUUCAGCACAUGCCCAUUGUUGCUUACCUUAUAGCAAAAGGCCAGAACAUAGACACAACAGACUUGAAUGGGCAAACACCUUUAAUGAUAUCAGCACAAAAAGUGAUUGGACCGGAACCCACGAGGUUUCUCUUAAAGUUUAACCCCUCUCUCAAUGCUGUAGAGAAUGUUCAAAAGAAUACUGCACUGCACUGGGCAAUAACAUCAGGCAAUGCCAGUGCAGUGGAUCUGCUGCUGGAGGCUGGUGCUAGCCUGGACAUAAAAAAUGUCAAGGGAGAGACACCACUGGACCUUGCUUAUCAAAGCCGGAAUCGCUUUGUGGUUCUCAUGGUGCAAGAGGAAGAAAGAAUGAGAAGCAGAAGAAAUAAUAGGUUACUGAAAAUAAUAGAAAAAUAUGAGCUCUUCCUGCUGUUGGCAACUUCCUUGACAUUGAUGUGGGCCGUAGGACAUGUAAUGGACUUAAAUUCUGAUUCCUGGCUUUUGAAAGGAGGUCUGCUCCUCCUCCUGCUGUUUGGGAUGGCUCUCUUCGUGAGGCAAUUUGUGGGGCUGAAGAAUCUAAGGUACCUUCCCACAGCGUUUCUGCUAAGUUCAGUUUUUUGGAUGUCCACAACCUGGUUUCUCUGGCUCCUUCCUGAUGUAACCAAUACAAUUGUUGCAAUCACUGUCAUGUUCAGUGUGGUGGGUCUUCUUUAUUAUUUAUAUAAAACUUGGACAACUGAUCCUGGAUAUAUUAAGACUUCAGAAAAAGAGAGAAAAGAGAACAUUGUAGCUCUUGCGGAAGCGGGUUGCUUGGACUUCAGAACGUUUUGCACAUCGUGCCUUGUAAGGAAGCCUUUGAGAUCUCUGCAUUGCCCUGCUUGUGAUUCGUGUGUAGCCAGAUACGAUCAGCAUUCUCUGUGGAUUGGACAGUGCAUAGGAAUUGGGAACCAUCGUUACUACCUGUUGUUCCUGUCUUUCCUAACCAUGACCGGUGUCUGGCUGCUUUAUGGAACUUUUGUGUAUUGGUCAAACCGUUGCCCAACAAGUUAUCAUCGAGAUGGAGCAUGGACAUACUUCACCCAGAUAACAUAUUGUUCUCCCUGGGUUUCCUACAUCUUCGCAGUCGCCUGCUUUCAUACUGUAUGGGCUUCGUUGGGGCUAACGGUUCAGCUUUAUCAGAUUGCAUUCUUGGGGUUGACCUCAUAUGAGAGAAUGAACCUCCUGAUACAGAGAAAAUCUUCUAAGCAUCCUGUUUCUCUCAGGAGGACUCCAUACAAUCUUGGAUGCUUCCAGAAUAUUGCAGACUUUUUCCAGUGCAGCUGCUUUGGUAUGUUCAAACCCAAUGUAGUUGACUGGACCAAGCAAUACAACCUUUUUCAUCUGGCAAAGGAGAAAAAUGUUCAUUCUGUAUAAAGUUUUGCUUAAUUUCUAAAACCGUUGAGCUGAAAGCUAAAUAAAAAUGGAUAUUUUGUUAAUUUUUACAAAUUCUUCUGAAGUUGCUUUUAUUUUUAUUAUUGUUUCAAAUAUUUAACCGACCUUGCAUAAGCUCCAGCAGGUUUGUAUACGGAACAAUCACUAUGUGUCUGUAUAUAUAGUUUGAGCUGAAACUAUUUGAAAUUUUACGUGAUGAGAUGACACUAACAAUAUAUUUUUGAAGGUAAGUUUUUUUUAGGGCAGAAUUUCAAAACCAUGUUGGUAGCCUUUGCUUUAUUUUGAGGACAAUAGAAGAAAAAUACAUUUGAAAAUUAAGGGGAAUGUUCAUAUUUAAAAAUUUAAUAUUACUAUUACCCUAUACUUUUAUUGCUCAUGUUGUGAAAAUCCCUAUUAAGCCUUUGUAUCUGGAGGGUUUACAUGUAAAUAAAAUAGAGUUUUCCUG